AUGGCGAGCACCAAAUAUACGCCGGCGCCACAGCGCGACAGCUUGGAUGACGUCCCUUCGCAGGCGCCGCCUUCGUACCAGGCUGAUGAGCCUUUGAUGGGAGAGGCCCGUUCUGAGGAUGACAAUAUCCCUGAUGAUUUCAAGUUCGGCGGCUCCGUCGCAGAAGCCACCCUUCCCAUCCGCAUGCAGUUCAUCCGCAAAGUCUACGCGAUCCUCACCGUCCAACUCCUCCUGACUACCGCCCUCAGCUCCGUGAGCUUCUUCAACAAGUCUUACAAAGAUUGGAUCCAAGGAAACCAGUGGAUGCUCUGGGUAUCCGUUUUCGGGGCGCUGGGAUUCAUGCUCCUAACGUUCUGGAAGCGCAAGAGUUAUCCGAUGAACUUGGCGUUCUUGGGGGUAUUCACAGCUCUGGAGGCAUACUCAAUCUCGGUCAUCACAUCCUUCUACCAGAGCCGGAUCGUGCUCCAAGCACUGAUCUUCACGCUCGGCAUCUUCGUCUUUUUGAGCUUGUUCGCCUGCCAGACCAAGUAUGACUUUACCAGCUGGAUGCCCUACCUCUUCGGCGCACUAUGGGUGCUGAUCAUCUUCGGAUUCAUGGCCGCGUUCUUCCCAAGGACGAGCGGGAUUGAGCUGGGAUACGGCAUCAUCGCUGCUUUGAUCUUCAGUGGGUAUAUCCUUGUGGACACCCAACUGAUCAUCAGGCACUACCACGUCGAGGAGGAGAUCGCCGCGGCCAUCUCGCUCUACUUGGAUGUCUUGAACCUGUUCUUGGCGAUUCUGAGGAUCUUGAACAGCCAGCAGAACAACUAA